AAACUUGAAACUCUGGAAUUUAAUUUCUACUUCUUUUUGCAGCAGCAUGAUUAGUAGAAUUUUGUACUCACUUGCAUCAUCACUAACGUUCAGAAUAUUUGGAAUUUUGCUGGUCUUUGUGGAUCUGUCUCUCAUCAUUACAGACCUGAUCGUCACUAAUAGCACAACAUAUAUUCCUUUGGAAUAUCGUUCAAUUUCUUUAGCUAUUGCUUUAUUUUUUUUGAUGGAUGUUCUUCUUCAAGCCUAUGUAGAAGGGAUAAAAUACUAUUUUUCUGAUGCACUUAACUUCUUGGAUGCUGUCAUUAUUGUAAUGACUCUACUGAUUAAUAUUAUUUAUAUGUUUUGUGACGUUAAGUCUCUUCAAACUAUCCCCAGAUUGACAAUUUUCUUUCGACUUCUACGACUUGUCAUUCUUGUAAGAGUUUUUCAUCUGGUUCAUCAAAAGAGGCAUCUUGAACAGCUGGCCAGAAGGAUGGUUUCAGGAAACAAACGGCGGUACAAGAAGGAUGGAUUUGACUUAGACCUCACUUAUGUUACCGAGCGUAUCAUUGCCAUGUCAUUCCCAUCUUCAGGAAAGGAGUCUUUCUAUAGGAAUCCCAUUAAG